AUGACUUAUGUGGAUCAUCAGAGGAGGUUAAAUCUAAAUCUAAAAGAUGUUGUUAAGAAAGAGAUAAUGAAACUUCUAGAGGCUGGUGUGAUUUAUGCUAUUUCCGAUAGUAAUUGGGUUAGUCCGUUUCAUGUAGUUCCUAAGAAGGGUGGCAUCACUGUGAUCAAAAAUUAUAGGAAUGAAUUGAUACCGACUAGAACUGUUACAGGGUUCUUGCAGCAGUGUGAGAAAGCAUCUUGUGCUGAACUAGGAAAGUAUCAUUUCAUGGUGAGAGAUGGGAUCGUGUUGGGAUACAAAAUCUCAGAUAAGGGGAUCGGAGUGGACAAAGCAAAGAUUGAGGUGAUGAUGAGUUUGCAACCACCAACUACAGUCAAUAGAAUCCAAAGCUUUUUGGGACAUCCUAGGUUUUACAGACAGAUCAUCAAGGAAUUCUCAAAAAUAACCAGACCUCUAACGCAGCUGCUUUGCAAAGAGGUGAAAUUUGAGUUUGACGGUGCAUGCUUGGAGGCAUUCCAUACGAUCAAAGGAGCCUUGGUCAGCUCUCCAAUUUUUCAGCCACCAGAUUGGGAUUUUUAUUUUGAGAUCAUGACUGAUGCUAGUGAUUAUGCAGUGUUAGCAGUUAUGGGUCAGAGGAAGGAAAAGAAGCUCCACAUCAUUUACUAUACCACUCGAACUCUCAAUGAAGCUCAGUGCAGGUGUGACACAUGCCAGCAACAAGGGAAUAUAAGCAGGAGGAAUGAGAUGCCGAAGAACUUCAUUUUGGAAGUGGAAGUUUUUGAUGUAUGGGAUAUCGAUUUCAUGGGGCCAUUCCCAUCAUCUUAUGGCAAUGAGUACAUCCUGGUGGCAGUUGAAUAUGUGCCUAAGUGGGUUAAAACUUUAGUUAGCCCCACAACCAAUGCAAGAGUGGUUGUUAAAAUGUUCAAGUAUGUCAUAUUUUCAAGGUUUGGUGUGCUGCGAUUGGUCAUUAGCGAUGGAGAUUCCUACUUCAUCAACAAGGUCUUCGAGAAUCUGCUGAAGAAGAAUGCUUAUAAGACACCUUUGGGAACAACACCAUUUCAUUUGGUGUAUGGGAAAGCAUGUCACCUCCCAGUAGAGCUUGAGUAUAAGGGUGCCUUUGAGAGGAGAAAUAUGCAGCUUCAUGAGCUGGAAGAGAUUAGGCAUCUGGCCUAUGACAACUCAAAGAUCUACAAGGAGCGGACCAAAGCUUAUCAUGACAAAAGGAUUCUCGCAAGGAAUUUUGCUCCAAACGAUAUGGUGAUGUUGUUCAAUUCUCGGUUGAAGCUAUUUUCUGGGAAGUUGAGAUCAAGGUGGUCUGGACCUUUCACCAUCAAGGAGGUUUGA